CAUUCGGAAAAGCUGUCCGGACUUGUCGAGUGAGGAGGCAUGCCUCCUUUUCUUCCCUGAGGAACACCGCAUUCCUCGCAGCUUCUCCUUCCACAUCGGUCACAAAAUAAAUCACCAGCUCCACCGUCAAUUCCCAGGCAUCCCAUAAGCAGGUCCCGCUGCGGCGGCUGUACACUGGGCCGGCCGGGCCCACGGUGACUCACCUCCUGGGGCUAUAAGGAGGAGCCCUGAGCGGAGCGCAGAAACCAGUUGCGCCACUCUCCCGCUGUGAAUCAGUUCCAGAGUUGAAGCUUGCUGGCGUGAACAGAAGCUAAACAAGCGGGACCCCAAUUCAGCCAGGCUGGACCCCUUACCUACCUGGAACUUCAUACCCAAAGGGGUAUCCAUCCUGGUAAGAAAACAACUCGUGAAUUUGCUCUGCAUUCCAUCGAAGGAACCAGUCGGACUGGAAUCGGGAGUUUUAUGAUAAGGAUUUUCUUGUCAACUUGAUGCCUGCGAGUGGGUUGUAUGUUCAGACUGGAGACCCCAUUACCCACUUUUGAGAACCUGAAAACUGCAACUCAGACAAGGGCAGGCAACAUUUUUUCGACUCGACCCAACCCAGGACACCACUUUUUACGGCUUCUUCCUUGAGAGAAGCUCUCCCGCCACCACCAUGGCUAACGGCUCCAGGUAUCAACUCAUCGAGGACUGUGAGGCUACGCACGAGUCUCUCUACAAGUUCUACGCCGCCAUCAUGAUCAUCAUCGUCAUCCUGGCGGUACCUCUCAACGCCUCUGUCCUGCACCUCUUCAUCUUCAAGCUAAAGUUCUGGAAGUCCAACACCAACAAUAUCUUCCUAUUCAACCUGGUCCUGGCCGACAUCCUGCUGCUCUUCAGCCUGCCCAUCAAGGCGUACAACUUCAUUCAGGGUGAGCGGCGGAGCGGCAACGACGCAGUGUGCAAGGCCAUGCUCUUCAUGUUUUUCCUCAACCGGGGCGCUAGCAUCGCCUUCCUCACCGUCACGUCCAUCGACCGCUACUUCAACGUUGUGCACCCGGGUCGGAAGAACCUGCUGAAGGCUCUCAAGAAGUCGCCGCACAUCUCCAUCUUCAUCUGGGUGCUGCUUCUGCCACUCACCAUCCCCACCAUGCUCAAGAACUUUGACUGCUGCAACAGUCAUAAGACCAGCAAGGAUGACACUCUGAUUAAGGACGUAGUGGACAGCUUACGAGAAGCCGUCUUCUUCACGCAGAUCCUCAUCCCCUUCGUCAUCCUGGUCUACUGCACCGUGCGCAUCGUCAACCGCCUGCGCAAGAAGACAGUGGGCGACAAAACCAAACUCAGGCGAGCCGUCUUCGUGGUCACCGCGGUCAUGGUGGUCUUCUCUCUCUGCUUCCUGCCAUGCACCAUCGCACGGAUGGUCCUGCUAGUGGCCCGGGUCGAGGAGUGGCGCGAGUCCGCCCAGGAUAAAGCCACCGUUGCCUUUGACGGCCUCCUGGUUUUAUCCUACUUGGACUGCCUGUUGGAUCCGCUCAUUUACUGCUUCUGCAGCACAAAAUUCAAAGUGCUGUACUUGUCCAAUUAUUUCCCAUUCUUGCUGAAAGACGGCGAGAUGGCGACGGACAGCUCUACGGCGCACACGUCCAACCCUAAACGCAACAAUGUCAUCUGAAUGAUGAUGUGGAUUUUGUUGGCGAAAGUGGGCGCCGGUUAAGCGGUACAAUGGAGAACUUUCGAGGGAGCGGUUUGGAAAACUGCAAAAACGCGGAUUCGUGUAACGCAUCAAAACACAAACAACUAUGCCUUCAGAUAUGAGUAAAACGACUCGAAUCAUGACUUGUGUUGCACUGACUCAGAUACUGGUAUGGAAAUGAGUUUAUCACCAGUAGACGUCCAAUCUGUGUGAAGUGGGAGGGUUCAAUUGUUGCCAAUACUACCAAUUCAAAUGGAUUGGACGUCUAGCGCAGUCAGUGGCAGCCAAUGAGUUAAGCAGUCUCUAACCAAGCUAUGAUAUUACAUUCAAGUGGUAUGCAGUAAAUUAGUAUUUAAAAAAAUAAAAAUGUAUUGGCCCAAAAUGUUUUUUGCACGUUAUAGUGUGAGUUUAGGAACAAACUGAACUCAUAUCUCAAGGCAUCACUGUAUAUACUCAGGGCUGCUGACUACUUUUUGUUACUAGAAACACAGUGAAUCCCUAACUUGAAAUUUACGGGCACAUGCUAUAAAUGAACUCGCAAUGUAUAUAUUCAUAUUUUUGGUGUACUGUAUUGCUGAAAUAUACUUUGGCAAAAAAAUAAACUACAAUGUUGCAAAUUCACAAUUUAUGGUGCAAGUUUAGAUUUAACAAAAGCAGAGUAAAUACGUCUUAACCCGAAAUAUUGUAGUUAUUAGCUACGCAUGACGGCGAUCAUUCUUUGUCUUUUUUUUUUCAUUCAAAAUAGUCUUUAUUUGGUGUCAUUUUCAAUGUUAUUCUUUUUUAGCGAUCUUUCAUUUUCUAUUUAUCACUUUUUAUAAUUCAAAAUCUGCAUUUCUUUGUAUUGAUAUCUCAAUUUUUUUAUUUAAAAAAAAAAAAAAUUAUAGUCCAUUUUUAUAAAUACAACUGCGACAUAACUACCGUAUUGGCCCGAGUAUAAGACGGUGUUUUUUUACAUUGAAAUAACACUGAAAAAGAGGGGGUCGUCUUAUAUUCGCGAUCUAGACAUUAUACCCACGCUAGAUGGCGCCAGAUAUCAUUGAAGCGAUGUUCUGUCAUGACAAAUCUCAGCUACUCUGAAGUUUAACCAGUUUGCAUUAUUUUAUUGCAAUGUUUUUCCUUAUUCAGAUUUGUUUCAAGACUACUGUUACAGUUAGACUUCCCUUUGAUGGUUAAUGCAGCUAUUGCAAUUUUGUUGUUUUAUCACAAUAGAUUGGUUUAUUUACAUUUCAAAAACCAGAAGCCAUUCAUUUACGAAUGUGAUUGCACUUUAGUUUACAUAUUUAAAUGUUCAGAUAUUAAGAUUUGAAUGAGGCAAAAUAACAUGCUUUUUCUCUCAAAUAUAUUGUUAUUGUAUUGUUCUGUAAUUAUUUUCUGUAUAAAAAUUAAUUUGGUGUUCAAAAAGUCUUUUUUCAAACUUGAGUCUUGAAAAAGAGGGGGUCGUCUUAUAAUCAGGGCCGUCCUAUAUUCGGGCCAAUGCGGUACUAUUCAUGUCUUCAGUGUCCAUUUUUUCAACAUCUUUUUUUUUUUGUUUUGUUUUUUUUUUGUUUUUAUAACAAUGACAUAUUUUACACUAUUAUUUUACGCUUUGGAUAUCAGUGUUGUAACAAUAUGUCCGGUGCAGUAAAGAGGAAGUAAAAAUGUGAGUUUGCGUUUGACAAACAUGACGAAAAAAUCAACAAUCCCAAAUGAGUUUUAUGAAUGGUGAAAUUGUGCAACAAGAAAAGGUCCUGAUAGGAAGACCGUUUUAGAUAACGUCACUUUGGAUUACUGAUGGUGAUAGACGUUCAAACGUGCUCUUUUCAUCAGAUUAGUCCAACCCAUUUGAACUGGGAGGGUGGCUGCGAAUGAACAUUUGUCCUUUCGUGAGGUAGACUCAAUGGAAGUCAGCUUUCCUCCAGGAAGGUUAAAAGAUGUUUAUAAUUUACUAGCGUUGCACUGAUAAUUGGAAUCGGAAGUUGCCACGAACGGCAGUAAAAUGCAGGUAUCGGAGUACAAAGGAAUAAUUUACCGAUACUGCGCAGUAUGUAGUCUUUGAGAUUUCUCCUAUCGCUGAUUGUCCUUCCAAAGAUUCCAAAGAUUUUCAGACAAUAAGCCGCUUCUUUUUUCCUUCAUUUGUAAACAUGUGGCUUAUAGUCCCGUGCUGUUUAUUUGUUGAUUUAUUUGUGUUAAUAGGUAACACUUUAUUUGACAGUGGUGUCAUAAGACUCAUAAGACUGUCAUAAUUAUGACAUGAUACUAUCCUGGGCAUUACUGAAUGCCAUUAAGUGUCAUCCGGCAAGUUAUGCCACUAACCCCAUUUAGGUCCAUCUUAGAUCUUUUACAUCCAUUCAAAAGUGAGAUGAUUUGCCAAAUAACACUAAAUGACAUCUGUUAUAAGCAUUCAUAAAUGCUUAUGGAAGUGUCAUAUCCUAAUUAUGAUUGUCUAAUAACAAUCUUAUGGUGCCACUGUCAAAUAAAGUGUUACCAAAUGCCAUAAGUAGCAAUUAAUGAAACAAGUGGAACAGCAACUGAAGAAAUAAUUAGCACAGAACAUGAUUUUCGAUUGCUAUUUACAUCUGAAGCACUGCAAUGCAUGUUUGGAGGCAUGUUGCACAACAACAGUGUUGACAGCAGGUGGCAGCAGUGGUUGACUGUCUCCCCCAAGGGAGCAGUGAUGGCCAAAUGAAGCUUCUUGAAGCAAUGAAGCUUUGCAGCCAGGUGGUUUAAAGCUUCAUGGUGGUUCAUUUGGUCUUAUGACAGUCGUUUGAUGCCGUUGUCAAAUAAAGUGUUACCGGUUGGUGUUAAUAUCCCAUGAUACAGUGAGGACAGCUGCAGCUUAUAGUCCAGUGAGGCUUAUCUAUGAACAGAAAUGCAAUUUUCGUGCCAAAUUUGGUGGGUGGCGGCUUUUAGUCAGGUGCGCCUUAUAGAGCGAAAAUUAUGGUAAAGACAAAUAUGCCACAGCAAAAGUCAUCUGAGUGCUUUACGCCAUACAUAAAAAAUAGAUGCUAAAAGUUAGCUCCAAUGGAUUUCUAUUAGGGUUGUUCCGAUCAUGUUUUUUUGCUCCUGAUCCGAUCCCGAUCGUUUUAGUUUGAGUAUCUGCCGAUCCCGAUAUUUCCCGAUCCGAUUGCUUUUUUUUUUGCUCCCAAUUAAAUUCCAAUCAUUCCCGAUAAUUUUUCCCGAUCAUAUACAUUUUGGCAAUGCAUUAAGAAAAAAAUGAAUAAAACUCGGACGAAUAUAUACAUUCAACAUACAGUACAUAAGUACUGUAUUUGUUUAUUAUGACAAUAAUUCCUCAAGAUGGCAUUUACAUUAUUAACAUUCUCUCUGUGAGAGGGAUCCACGGAUAGAAAGACUUGUAAUUCUUAAAGGAUAAAUGUGACUUUGUAUAUUGUGACUAAAUAUUGCCAUCUAGUGUAUUUGUUGAGCUUUCAGUAAAUGAUACUGUAGCCAUUUAACUUCUGCCCAAAUGCAUGAUGGGAAGUGCAACCAUGACUGUGCGUCGAGGUACCAAUUGAUAUAUCUUCUCUGCGUUGGGAAAUAACAGGGUGUUAAGAAAAAGAUCAAUUACUACCUUUCUUCCCCACAUUGCUUCCCACGAUUAUUCUAAUUGUUGGGAGAGGGAUUGUAAGGCUUUAGCCAUUUAAAAAAGGCUCCAAAGGCUGCCAAAAUUCUCUCUACUCAUUUUACGCUGCCUUUUAGCUCUAUAUGCUGUAUGGGUAAAAUGGCGCCAUUAUAGAUUGAACGCGACAAUGCGUGAGUGGGUCGUGCAGCGAAUGCGUUAAUUGCGUUAAAUAUUGUCACGUGAUAAAUGUCAUAAAUAUUCUCGCCGUUAACGCGAUAAAUUUGAUAACCCUACCUUAAGCUUAAACUAAAGACUCUGAAAGAGUGUAACACAUUAUGUCUGUUACGUUAAAUACAAUUAGAAAACGAUUUAAUCAAAAUAUAUAUAUAUUUUUUUUAAAUAUUUUUU